CCGCCGCACCGCGCGGGCCCUGCGCUCCGCCCCGGCCGGGGCCGCGGGGGCGCUCGGAGUCCCGCCCGCACGGCGCACACACACACACAGGGAUACACACACACACCGGGACACACGGACACACACACACGGGGCACUGGGACACAGACACGGACACAGACACAGGCACACGGAGGCGCACCCCGCGCCGCAAACAUGGCGCUGGUGCCCUGCCAGGUGCUGCGCGCCGCCAUCCUCCUGUCCUAUUGCUCCAUCCUGUGCAAUUACAAGGCCAUUGACAUGCCCGCGCAUCAGACCUAUGGAGGCAGCUGGAAAUUUCUGACCUUCAUAGACCUGGUUAUCCAGGCUGUCUUCUUUGGGAUUUGCGUCUUGACUGACCUGUCCAGUCUUCUCACUAGAGGGAAUGACAGUCAAGAGCAAGAGAGGCAGCUGAAAAAACUCAUUUCCCUCCGUGACUGGAUGAUGGCUGUUCUAGCUUUCCCUGUGGGAGUGUUUGUUGUGACAAUGUUUUGGAGCAUCUAUAUCUAUGACAGGGAACUGGUUUACCCGAAGCUGCUUGAUAAUUUUAUACCAGCAUGGCUAAAUCACGGAAUGGACGUGGCAAACCAUUUGGCACUGCUGUUCAUCAGUAGAUGACAGCAGAGCUCAUCCUUCCGGGUGUGUGCACGUUAUCACCACGGUAGAUCAAGAUUUGUCCACCAUUGCUGUGCUUGAUAAAUUGGUCCGUUGUGGAGUGGGGGAGAUAACAAUGCUGGUUUUUUGUUCCCCAGAUUUUGUGUCAAAGGACCAGUGUCAGAACUGUUACUGACAAGAGGAGCAUCAGCUUCUGCUAGAUACUGUACUGUUUUAUGAUGUUUUGAAAGGAACAGCAUGAUAUUCUGUGUGUCUAGAGCUGAGGAAAGAGUCUGAUGACUUCUGCUAUGUUUGUUCAGGCUGUCCUCCCUUGAGCUUUGAGGUUACAAACUGAAAACUUGAAAACACUGCUAAACUAUGCACAUCUUGAUUUUUUUUCCCCACAACAGAUCAGUCCCAGCUCUGAUGACAUUUCUUUUAGGUGACAUUCCAUAUACUGGAAGUGCCUAACCCAUAACAUUUUUCAUGAAUGUACAUUAUAAAGCAGUUGGCAGCAAAUGGCCAUAGGUAUUCAGGAAGUCUACUCUGUGCCAUAACUAAAAGGCAACUCAAGCUCAUGUUGCUUUGUAGAAAUAUAUACUUAGUGAAAUAUGUGAAGAAGUUUUUUGUUUGAGAUUUUUAGGAAUCAUAGAGUUUGCUGAAAUGUAUUGUGUCCAAGUAUUUUAGAGGUUUUUUUUUUUCAACUUGAAAUAUUGUAGAAGGCAUUUUUGAAAGACUUUUGUAAAGGAAUUGGUUUCUGUGUCAGUCUCCAUUUAUCCAAGUGUUCUUCAGUUAGAUCACAAGGGAAACUUAUGGCUCUGGGGCUUUUCACCACAUUUAGUACAUUCUUUCUGAUGUUUUAUCCAUCAUUUUAUCCUUCCCAGCUUUCAUGAUAAUUAAUUCUGAUGCAUUGCUCAUCAUAGUAUGAAAGGGUUAUUAAACUACCUUGAGAAUGCUUGCACCUCACUUAGUAGUAGUUAAAAUUUUGACAGGUCAAAUUUUAGAGAAUGUGAUAAAGAUCCACUUGGUGAAAGGGUAGGACCUCUGGGAAUGCAAUUUAGGAAAGUCAGGAUCCCUGGCUAUUGCUUUAUACUGAAAUAAACAUUUAUUCCCAUGUAUUCCUGCACAUUUUGACAGCAGUUGUGCACAUGGAAUGAUAACUAUUCUGAAAGCAAGGGUGGCCAUGCUAGAGCCAAAUCUUGCACAACAAAACUUAUACAAGAGACACUCAGCUGUCAGUGAAAGGUGGGUUGUUUAGCUUCUGUCACAUUGCUGAUUAAUCCCACUUUUGUGUGAUCUUCCCACAAUAUAUCUGGUACAUCUCCUAAGGAUCUGAGGUCAAACGUUACUUAACCUGUGAACACUCUAUCCAGAAUUUUUUCACAGCAGUUUCCCCAAAAUAUUUAUUUAGCACCAACAAACAAACAAACAAAAAGUUUUGCACAAUUAAAAUACUUCCUACUGUAUUAUGAUCAGCGGUAACAACUUGCUCAAGUGUCAACAUCAACCUCCAAAAUCCAUACAUAGAAAAGGAGUGAAAAGUCGUGAAAUCUGGCUGUAAUAACAGCAAUCAUAUUUCCAUCAGUAGUAUGGGCAUGUAUUAAAAUAUUUGAGAGUAUUCAUACUUUAGAAGCAUUUUUAAGGUAACUAUCUUGAAGGCUUUGUGAAGAAAUUGUUUGAAGAGCUUGUCCAAUUCAGUGCCUUAACCCAGGAAGAAGUGGUUUGGGCUACAGUGCCUGCUGCUUUUUAAGGUUAUAGUAAUUACUUCUCCUUCUUCUUUUUAUUUUCCUCCUUUCCCAUCCUUUUUUUGCAGUUACAACACCAUCUAUAUCUAAACCCCUAUUUUCUUGAACACACUGUAAUGUCUUGUUAAUAGUCAGAGUACCAGUCCUUCAUAGCAACACUUUUUCAACAUUAAAAAUAUCAGAAUUAUAGAAAAACUUCCUUUCUAGAAACGGGAAACAUGGGGGAAAUGAACCUUGGAAAUAUGCAGUCCCAUUACCAAUUCAAUUUUAAUAUUUUUAUAAAUUUUCAUAGAAAAAGAGGAGAGGCUUAUUGCUAUGCAAAACCUAUUCAGCAUAAAAUUGCACAUAGUUUCAAGAACAUCUUUGUAUUACAU